AUGACUGUUAAAGAUGCGCAUUCAGUACACGUUUCUCUUACUGAACUCGAAUUCCCAAUCAUUUUCCACACAUCCACAUUCUUCGCCCUCUUCAAAACCUAUGGCAUCCCCAGUAUUUCGAAGCUGCUUGUCGCAACAGGACAACUAUCUUGCCCGGAAACAGCAUCGAAACGAGCUGCUGAUACUGCUACUAUCAUGACCGAGGCAAUUAUCAACAAACCUGAUUCCGAACGCGCCAUCAGUGGUAUAGCGCGUAUGAACUACCUUCAUAGUCGGUAUAUCAAAGCCGGGAAGAUAUCAAACGACGAUAUGUUGUAUACGCUCAGCCUCUUCGUUCUUGAGCCUAUCAGGUGGACUGCCAGAUACGAGUGGCGAACUGUGACGGACUUCGAGAGAUGUGCCAUGGGUGUAUACUGGAAGGAUAUGGGUGAGGCGAUGAAGAUAUCGUACGACACUCUACCUUCUGCGGGCCAAGGAUGGCGUGACGGGUUUCACUGGCUGGAAGAGGUAGAAGCGUGGAGUCUGGCAUAUGAGGCUCAGAACAUGGUACCUGCUGAGACAAACGCGACGCUUGGUCGUGGUACUUUCGAUGUCGCCUUGUUCAACGUACCUUCCGCUCUGAAACCUCUCAGCUUUACCGUGGCAUACAUCUUACUCGAGCCGCGCUUGCGGAAAGCGAUGAAGUGA